UUCGCCGCGGUCACACUGCUGUUGUGCGUCAUUUUUAGAAACGCCGCGAAUAUUUUGCUAUUGAAAUCGCAUCUGUUGAUAUUUCGCAAGGAGCAAACAAAUAACAAAGAGUAGAAAUGUCGCACACUUCACAGAAAUACCGGAACUUUGUGGCGGAACCGAUGGGCAACAAGGCUGUGACGGAAUUGGCCGGAAUAGGCGAAACCCUCGGCGGCCGCUUGACGGAAGCUGGAUUCGACAAGGCGUACACAGUUUUGGGCCAGUAUCUGGUGCUGAAGAAGGACGAGGAGCUGUUCAAGGACUGGAUGAAGGAGGUGUGCCACGCGAGCUCCAAGCAGGCAUCCGAUUGCUACAAUUGCCUCAACGACUGGUGCGAGGAAUUCUUGUAAAGGAAGCUCUUUGAAUACGAGUACUUCGAUCAAAGAGAAUCUGCUAAAGGCACAGGCAAAUCAAUUAAAUUCACGGCCAAACUGGUGGCGCAAUCCUAGCUAAGCAUUUCAUGGUCAUAAAACUUUAUGUUAGUAUGUAGUUAAGAUGUAAUUUAAUGUCUAACCGGAAUAAAUGUACAGUCAUGGAAAGGA